CCUUUCGCAAAUGGAUCCAUGGGUUGAGAAUCAGGAAAGGAAGGAGAUGAAGAAGAUGAAGAAACAUUUUGACAUGCUUCAGUUUAUUUGCGAUGCUGAACACGGGAUUCCAACUUCGUGCCCAUGUGGGGGACGAAUCGUCGACGAGGUUUCUACUAAUCCAACAGAUAAGGAUUUUCUACCAGGCCGAAGGUACUUCACUUGUAAUGAGUACAAGAAUGAUGGGUUCCACUUCCGUCAACCAUGGGUUCUCGGGGUUGAGGAAGAGGUUCGCUCCUUAAGGCAGGAUGUGGACAAAAUGGCUGAAGAGAUGCACAAAAUGGCUGAAGAAAUUGCUCAGCUUAAGGACCUUCUUACCCGUAAAUGAGAAGCCUUAUGUUGUUUGGAUUUGUGUCUUUAGUUUGAGAUCAGAUCUCCUUUAGUUUCUGCAAUAAGCCUUAUGUUUGGAUUUGUGGAAUUGUGUGAUGUUGUGUUAAAGACUAUCUCCUAAUUAAUGUGAUGUUGUGUUAAGAUUACUGGUUUUCCGUAGUAAUACCAAAGUUUUCCGUAGUAAUCCAUAGUUCUCGAACAAAACACUUAAAGUUAAAGUACAACAAAAUAAAGUUUUCCGAAGCAUACAACACGAUAAAGUAGCUAAAUUCAUCACUCCAAAUUCAUCACUUCAAAUUCAUCCAACUCUUUUCCU